CAUGAGACCAUCGGCCUUUGCCUGUUCAGGGCUUGGUGUGAUCUGCAGAAGAUGAAGGAACAGCGAAGGAAUAUUGGAAUCGUCUGGUGCCGUUGGAUCGUCUGCCGCGGCGCCCAAUCACACCACGGCACAGUGAUGCUCAGUGAUGCCACUCUAGCAAACGGAUCGUUGAUCGCAUUGAUCGCUGGGAGCCACGAGGCAGGUGGUGCGGCAGAAAGACAAGAGAAACAGACGAGAGACGAGAGACAUCAGCGUCACUAGAGGUCUCAUGAACCGGGACACCCAUCAUCACUGAGUGUGGGAUCGCUGA